GAGAAUCUCUUCGAGAAUCGAGAAAAAGAGUCAUGGUAGCCGGGCUGCCCGUUUUGCUUUCGAUCGCGAUCGUCAUUGUGAUUGUGAUCCCACCGAGCAUUGCCAUCGACUUUGGCUAUCAUCCGAGUGCCGAGGAGUUCGACAGCCUGGUGCGGCAAUCCCAAAGCUGGGGUCGCGAUCUCCUCCAGCAUCGUCGCGUCGUCCAGGAUCGCCGCUUUGUGCCGCGCUACCAGCACCAGACCUCCAUUCGCUUCGAGCCGCCCGAGCUGGAGUUCCAGUUGUUCCCAGAUCAGGAUCAAAAUCCCAACCAGCCGUAUGUCUUUGAGUCCGUGGAGGAUGGCCAACCGGCAGCGGAUCAAUUCCAUGUGCAGAGCGAACUGCUGGAGAUCAAGGAGCCGAGUCCCAAACCGAAACCAAAACCAAAACCGAAACCCAGCAACAGCACCACAUUUCCCAUUUACUUUACCCAUCCAACCACCGGUAUUGUCUACGCCAUCAGCCAAGUGGGCGGUGGUAAUGCCAAUGCCAAUCUUAUAUCCACCCAAGGUCGCAACGAUAGCAACUCCAUUGCCAUCUAUGUGACCAAGGCGCAAUACGAUGCCGAUCUGGAGAGUCUGCGGAGGCAAUAUGAGCGGCAUUGCCAAGCGAUACCGCCGGGCACGGUGAUAUCCACCCUGAAUCCGGUGCACCAGGGAGGAACCACCGCCAGGCCUCAGAUCAUACGAUUAAAGAAGCCGAAGAAUCCGAAGAAUCCCAAGAAUUCGCUGAGCCAGCCGAGUAACAAGCUACCCAAGCCAAGUCAUCGACCGCCGCCUGUGAUGGUCACCAGUGGACCCGUCGAUCAUGUCAGCGAUCAGCUGCUCAAGUUGCCCCACCGCAGUGGCAGCAGCACCACCACCAGCACCACCACUAGCACCACUUCAAGGCCAAAUACGCGACGGAAGAGGCGGAAGAAGAAGCCAAAGAACAAGACCAAGGUGAUCAAAAAGAGGCCGGGCUAUAAUAGUAGCAGGAAUCACUCCCAGGGUCCAUUGCCCAUCAUCUUGGGCAAGAGACCCACCAGUAGUAGCACCACCAGCAGCACCACCACGCGACCACCGCCGGCCUACAGUCAAUUGGAGAAACCCACUGCCAAUGUCUUCAGUCAGCAUUUAUUUCGAACCGGCGAAGAGUCAGCGGAAGAAAGUGAAACGGUGGAAGAACAGAAACCACUGAGUCUUAGAAGACGCCGUUCGCUGGAAGAUUCGGCGGGUGGAAGAAGAAGAGCUUCUUCUCUGAAGACACUGACUAAACAAAAAGUGGGUAAAACAGAUUCUUUGAAGAAUCUGAAAAGCAGGGAAACCCCAGAAGAAUCGAGAGCUUCAGAAACCAUUCACACUAGACAUCGUCGCUCUUUGGAUAAACCCAACAAUUCUACAAAACAAGAAAGAAAGACCCUAUCGAAAGGAUCCCAAAGAGUGGUGGCCGCUCGACGGGUGAGCACCCCCCCAAAAAGACGCUCACCCAAGGGAAGCUCCCGAAGGCGAAGGACCAAACAGCAGCCAACGCAAACUCAAACCCAAACCCCAAGCCAAAAGACAGAGAAGAAUUCGGGUGGUCCGUUGCACUUACCCACCGCCUUGCAUCUGCUCCACCGAAAUCACAGAAAUCACAGCCAGGAUGAAGGGCCCCAGGUAAAUCCAAGUACCAAUCGGAAAAAGAAAAAUAAAACUAAAACCAAGACUAAGGAACGCAAACGUGGAAGACCCGAACUGCCCAGCUUUAAUAUAUUCGAGCUCAUGUCGGAUGGGGAUUACGAGGAUGAGAACGAGGAGGAUGAGGACUAUUAUUUCGAGGAUGGGGAGAGGGAUAGAGACCAACCCAGCAGCACAGAGGCUCAGAGUGAUCUCAAGGAAGACAGCAGUUCCGCCGAGGAGGGCGCCGAUUUUGGAGCCAUGGUCGAGGAGGAGACAACGACAGCCACAUCGAUGUCGUCGUCGGAGGAGGAGGAGGUGGAUGCCACCUCGAGCACCAAGAACUCGAUGGCCAAGAAGAAAAUUCGCAUCAAGAGGCGACCGGUGGACUCCGAUGAGGAUUACGACGAUGACGAGGACUCGGGCAUCGGUGGCUUCUUUCGCAUGAUCUUCUACCCCGUCCAGGUGGCCAUGUCGCGACUCAUGGAUGGCUUCGGCUCCCCCGACGACGAGGACGACAAGGAGCCAGCUAGUCCGCCAGUAUCGAAGUAUCCCAGCUACACCCUCUAUCACAGUGCCCACAGCAACGAGGCCUAUGCCGAGCCGGAGGAUGAGGAGGGCGACGAGGAUGGGGAUGCCUCCCUGGGCAGCUGGUUCAGCUCCUGGUUUGGCCUCCAGCGACGCACCAAGAAAAUCGGCAGCACCACCACGGCGCCGCUGCCAUUGCCACCACCAACCAAGGAGCCACCCGGCUGGCUGGAGUCCUGGUUCGGAUUCGGCAAGACCACCGCAGAACCGGAAGCGGAGGAUGACUACGACAAAUGGUUUUCCAGCUGGUUCGAUUCGAGGCCAAAGCGAAAGGUCAGGCGUCGUUCCACCACCUCCACAUCGACCACCUCGACCACGACCACUACCCAUACACCAUCCGCGGCGGCGGCGGCCCAGGUGCCCAUUCUGACCAUCGUGGACCCGCUGAGAAAUCCGCAAAACUGGAUCGGCAUACUGGCCCACCACAUUGUCAACUCCACGGGCAGUGCCAUCUCCACGACCACCAGCAAUCCGCUGCUCCAGGCGCUGGCCACUCGGAUGACCACCAGGGGCACCAGCAGCACCACAACGACCACAUCGCGACCGGAGGUUCCCAGGCGAAUCAGCUACGAUAAGUACCAGAUUUGGCGCCUGAAGCCGCAGGACGAAGCGCAGGUUCGCGCCCUCGAGGAGUUCAAAAAGGGCGAGGACGGGUUUAAGAUGCACUGGCUCAAGGGACCCAGUCUCAGAGGACUCACAGAUGUCCUGGUGCCACCCAAGAUGCUCGUCGACUUCCAGGGCACCCUGAACUACGAGGGCAUUGCCCACGAAGUGCUCAUCUUCGAUGUGGGCAAGGCCAUUGCCUACGAGCUGACCAAGGAGGAUUAUCUCCACACCACUCGACCCUCGAAGCCGCGACCCACAGUACCGCCGGCCAUGACUUGGAAUCGCUACCACAACCACGAUGAGAUCGUCAAGUAUCUGGAGACGGUGCGCAUGCGUCAUCCGCAGCUGGUUGAGCUCAUCCACAUCGGUCGCUCCUACGAAGGUCGUCCCCUGAUUGUGGUGAAGAUCGAGUCGAAACAAUCGGCGGCGGCGACAAAUAGCGAGGGUCCUCACAACGUCAAGCGACCCAAGCGCAAGCGAAAGUCGGGCCAGGCCAAUGCCGUGUUCGUCGAGGCCGGAGCUCAGGGAUUGGCCUGGAUUGGACCCGCGACGGCCACCUGGAUGAUAGCCGAGCUGCUGCGACUGAUGAAGUCAAACAAAAGCAACGAGGACGUCGAGUUCAUUCGGAACACCACGUGGUACGUAAUGCCCGUUCUGAAUCCUGAUGGAUAUGCCUAUAGCCACGAGUACGAUCGGUUCUGGAAGAAGUCGCGAUCCCAGCACCAGGCUCCGCCGCCCAGCGGUCUCCUCGACUCGGCGAUGACGUGGCUGCAGCAGAAACGCGAUCCCGAGAAGGUCUGCCAUGGCGUGGAUCUGGACAGGAACUGGCUGUACCAUUGGGGCAAACGGGGCAGCUCCAAGGCGCCCUGCAACGAGUUCUACGCCGGUCCAGCGCCAUUUUCCGAGCCCGAAACGAAGGCCGUCUCCGAAUUCCUCAUGGACUACAGGACGCAGAUCAAGCUUUAUAUUUCCCUGCAGGCCUAUGGCCAGGUGAUCUCCUAUCCGGUCAAGGCGAAUUCCACAUUCAAUUCAGAGAGACUGGACGAUUUCCUCGACGUCGCCAUGGUGGGCACCGAUGGACUGCGCAAAAAGGGCAGCAAGUCCCGCUAUAAGGUCGAUGCAUCCAACGAUCUGAUCGAGCAGCGUUCCGGCUGUGCGGAUGCCUUCGCCGCCUACGAGAUCGGAAUACCCUUCAGCUACACGCUCCAGCUGGCGGACAACGGAGUGCAUGGCUACCUGCUGCCCAGCAGCGCCAUUGAGCCGACGGCUCGGGAUGCCUUCGAGAUCAUCAGCGGCAUGCUGGACUACAUUUGAGACUCGGCGGAUGGAUGGUGGGGUUUUAGUUCCUUUGUCAAUCGUGUGGCUUUGGUGGCUUGUGUUCCGGAGAUCCCUCGACACAUUUCCGGAGCACAUUCUCCAAUAAUAUUAGCUGCAUUUGUGUAUUCUAUGCAUUUCUGUAUUCCAAAUUCUUUUUUUUUUUUUUUACACAAUUUACUUAAAUUGAGAUUCACGAUUUAGCAUAAUAUAAUUGUUGUAUGUAUAUUAUUAUUAAAUAUUAUCUCCAUAUCUCUGUAUUUUUUUUUGUUAGUUGUAAACCUGUUAAGAAUAAAUAGUAGAAUAAAGUCUAUAUUCGAUCGAGCACUCGAUUUCUUUGUUUUCGUAUAACAUUUUGCAUGGAUGCCAUGUAUUCGCACUAACUUGGUAUUAUAUUUUCAUAUAAUAUAGGGUACAACUGGCUAACUUGGGUAUUCUAACAACAAAUUAUGGUAGUUUUUCGUUCAUUUUUUUUUUACACAAUUUACUUAAAUUGAGAUUCAGCAUUUAGCAUAGUAAAUA